UCUUCUCGUCCAACGGUCCGCGGGAUCGUAGUUCGAUGAGAUGGCGCAUAUAUAAAGGGAGGUAUACUGGAGCUGAAACUGCUGUUGGAACCGUCGAAGUAAACAUGCGGACUGCUCUCGUCACUGGUAGUACAGAUGCACAGGCCAUCGGCUUCACGGCAGCCUUCUUGCUCGCCUCCAAGCACGGCUUCGAGGUCAUCCUGAGUGGCCGUCGCAAGGACGCAGUCGAUGCGGCAGUGAAGGAGCUUCGCGCCAAGCUCGGCAAAGACGACGGAGUGAUGGGACUGACGAUGGACGUGACGGACGCUGGUUCGAUCGCUUCUGCCGUCGAGUCACUGUCCUCGAGCCCCUUUCUCGUGGAAGGAGCGCUCGACGUCCUCGUCAACAAUGCCGGCGUCGGCGCUCCCCCCGGUCGCGGCGGAAAGGGCACCACAACCAUGUUCUUGCAGACGGAACAGACGACGGCAAAGGACAUGAUCGACGUCUUCUCCACCAACGUCGCCGCCGUCGUCGGUGUCACCAAUGCCUUUUUGCCCCUGCUCUCCCGCUCGGCGUCCCCGCGCAUCGUGAAUGUCUCGUCGCAGCGGGGCUCGCUCGCGUUCGAGUCGGGCCUCGAGCCAGCUCGCACCGGCGCGAUGGUAUACAAUGCAUCAAAGUCGGCGCUGAACAUGGUGACGGUCAUGCAGGCCAAGAAUCUGCCGGGCGCCAUCGGCAAGGACAACCUCAAGGUCAACGCAGCCUCGCCGGGCCACGUGAAGACGCCCUUCAACAACUUCACCGGACUCAGGACAUUGGAGCAAGGUGCUCUGGUCUAUGUCCAUCUCGCCACGCUCCCAGACGACGGCCCAACUGGUACGCUUGCCGGGGACCAUGCUCCCUUCUCAAAGGAGGAAGGCAACUUUGUGCAGAUUCCCUGGUAGAUUGCAGAUUCCCCAGAUUCCCUAUUAGAUUCCCUGGUGGACCCCUGUGUGGUCUGGUGUCAGACCUUAGAGCGAGCCGCCUCAUCUCUCCUAACACGUCUUUUCCUGCGUGUGUGAAUGCACUUGUCCUGCGAGAGACACAACGAAGCCCAAUGGCCAACGUCGAAUAUCCUAGCAAUCAAUCACAUGCGCUCUUUCAAUUUCC